UGAGAAGAAAGCUCAACUUUCUCCCCGGGACAGACAGGUGGUCAAGAUGCUGCUGGUCAUCGUGGCGAUCUACAUCAUCAGUUUAUUUCCCCGGAUCGCCGUCUACGUUGUGAGGAUUUUCAUCGACGAUUUCUAUUUCCUUGGAAAGUAUCAUAAUAUGUUUAAGAUCGUCUCCUAUUCUGUGUUCAUCCUUGACUUUACUAACAGUGCCAUCAACCUGUUCGUGUUUCUCGCCAUGAGCUCCUCCUUCCGGGAAACGUUCUACCAGAUUACCACAACCAGCCACCCGCCAGCCACCCGCCCGUCCACCAUGGCGGGUCAGGCACGGCGGGAAGAAAUCAAGAACUGACCUGACGCUACCAAACAAACUCUGUGACCGAACAUUCACAGACUGAAACUUUACGAUGAAAAAGUCCCUAACAAGCGAGGGGAAAAGAAAAAUAAAAGAUUUUAACACAA